AUGCACAUCUUCUAUCUCUUGUGGACCAACUUGAGUCUGUCUUGGCCUUCCUCCUCCUUGAAAUGGUGGACCGGGUGCUUGUGUUGGCCUCCCCGUCUGUCGACCAGCUUGUGGCAUCAUCUGAUUUGGCCUCCCUCCUUGUCGAGGCAUCUGGUUUGGCUUCACUUCUUUCAUGAAUGUGAGUCCUUGUGGCGGCUGGUUUGGCUUUCCUUCCAAGAAUAUGUCUUUGUUCAGGUUCAAGUCAUCCAGCGUUUGGUAAGCCCCUCCCUCACCGAGUCCCUCUCGAUGUUCUUCCACCUUCCACUCUGGCUCGCCUGCUGGUUCCGGCUUAGCUUUUGCUUUCUUACGCUCCUUGUCUCGUUUCUUCUUUUUUGGACUCUAAAAAUCAAAAACACAUUAAUCGCCAAAAUGGGACCAAAUGUCCCCAAAGAAUUUUACCUCUUCCUCAGCCUGAACUUCCUCCUUUUUCUUCUUGCAACAAGCCACGAACAUUACAGAAAACAGGAGCAACGCGAUUGCUGGAAACGUGCAAGUAGCAAUGUCGAUUGAAAAGAAGAGUAGAGCAGCCAAAUGUUCUGUUGGAGAAGCCAUUUGUAUGAAGCGGAGAGAAGCGAGACUUUUAAUUGAAUGUUGUCGCCAGCCGUUGUUGUCGUCUGUAGAUUGCGUCAAACUUGGAGAGGCUUUUAUAGUAAACUUGUU